UGACCAACGCGGAAGUGAGUAAACAGUGGAAACAUCACAAUUCACGGUGCUCGUGAGAAAUAAGUGGCUUUUUUUUGGAGCUUUUUCUCCAACAUGGUUCGUUGUUUCCUGAUCCACACAGUCUGUCCGGUCAGUGCUCUUGGUGCCGGGGAGAGUCGACUGCUUUACUCCCGGGUCUUCGGUCCAGACGAAGGCAUCUUUACCGAGCAGGACCGGGAGCUCAGCCCGGAGGAGAGACGAGUUCUGCAGAGGGAGAAGACCGCUGUGGUAGCGAGGCAGGUCCACAGCGCUGUCGCUCUGUCCCGGGACGCUUCAGGUCGGCUGCUGGUGGAGUCGUUGCCCGGCGAGGAGGCGCUGGCCCUGCAAGAGGCCGACAGCGGGGUGGUGCGUCUCAGAGCCGGAGACCCUUUCUCCGAGGAGAUGAGCGCUCUGUGGCUGGGAGUCCAGAGUCUGGGCUUCACGCUGGUCUGCGAGCCCCACGAGAACCUCCUGCUGGCUGAGGGGACUCUACGCAACCUGACCCGGCACUGCCUGGAGCACCUGCACAUGCUGGGGCAGGGCAGCGAGGUCCUGCUGAGGAGCAACCGCCUCGACGCUCUGCUCAGCCGCCUGCUUCCUCACGGGCAGCUCCUCUUCCUCAACCACCGCUUCGCCCAGAGUCUGGAGAAGGAAGUAGCGGCUUACAUGGCCAAGUGAAGCGCAGCAGCCCGCUGAACGACUUCCUGUUUGAGCUCUAUCACUGCGAGCUGCGACUGCCGGCUUUACAAAGCAAACUGUUGUUUACCUUUGGUGGCAGAGCGGACUGCUGGCAGCUGCUGCUUCUGAUUGCAUGAGGUGGUGAACACAUAGAGAGGUAAAUAUCUCCCUCAGCCUCUUGCAGCUCGCUGUUGACUGUUUACUGUGUGGGAGGCUUCGGUUCAAAUCCUGUUUGUCAAAUUGAAGAGUGGAAAGGAAAAUAUGGCAGAUUAAAGAGUGCAGCUGAAGAGGCCAGUUAAAAGCUGCUCGUCAACAUCAAAGACUGCUGUUUGUCUGAUUCUCCGUACUCUAAAUGUCCUCGUGUCACCUUCAGGAAACAUACGUGACUGUAUUCUGUGGGUAUAAACACAUCUCAAAGUGCAUCGCUGCAUCAUUGUGACUUCUAAUGCACCUUUUGUUCCUGAAGAGAAAUGUGUGUGUGCAGUACGUGUGAUUCAUCUCAUAGUAACAAACAGCAAAAAUAAAUGUUAAUUUUAAACCAGAAAUAUCAUUAUUCUUGAGAAACAGUGACAUAAAAUGUUUUAAAAACUAAAAGAUGUCGGCAGAAUAAAACAGGAACUGAUGAAGUACAAUGGAAACAUCCAGACACAACAAAUGUUUUCCUGAACCUUGUAAACAUCUGUUGUACCUCCGACUGCCCCCCCCCCCCCCCCCCCCCC